AUGCUGAUAAAAGAGUAUAGAGUAAUUAAUAAUUGCACGCGCGACGAGUAUCAAGUCGCUCAACUGUAUGCUGUAGCUGAAGCAUCGAAAGCCGAGACUGGCGGAGGAGAAGGUGUCGAAGUGAUCAAAAAUGAACCGUACGAUAAUGAAAAAGGAAAAGGACAAUACACAUACAAAGUAUAUCAUCUCUCCAGUAAGGUUCCCGCAAUUAUUCGAGUGCUGGCGCCCAAUGGAGCUCUCGAACUUUACGAAGAGGCAUGGAAUGCUUAUCCACACUGUGUGACAGCCGCGGUGAAAUUGAGAAUGCAAGCCUUGAACAUCUCCCCAGAUUUGCUUGAGAAACGUCAAGUGGUGAUAAUUGAUAUUGCUAAUGAUCCGAUUGACUCAAAGGAUUAUGAUGAGAACCAAGAUCCCACUUUGUAUCACUCCAAGAAUACCGGUCGAGGUCCACUGAAAGAUGAUUGGAUUGUAACUACGAUCAUUUAUGAUGUCAUACUCAAAAAUAUAUAUAAUAAUUUAAGUGGUUCGGACUUCAAAGUAAAAUCGAAGCAUUUAUCCAAAACUAUGCAGUCCUUAUUUACUAAAUUUCAUAGGCAACUUUUCUGUUGGACUGAUGGGUGGUAUGGGUUGACCAUGAAUGACAUAAGAUCUUUAGAAGACAAAACGAAGAAAGAUUUGGAUGAUGUAAUUAUAUGUCUCGAGUGA